AUGGUUGGUGCCGGUAUUUCUUUGACAGAUUUCUUCGACAGUUAUGCCGAACAGUUUGCAGAGACCAACUUGAUCAUGUCAUCGGAUGCAGCGUCUUCAGACGACAUCUUCAGUAUGCUUCAAGUUCUCGAGGGUGUUUCUCCUGAAUUCACGUCCCUGAAACCUUUGGAGAGCGGCGGGUUUCAUGAGAAAGAGGUUGAUCAUCAUCAUCCAUUAUUGGGGUCUCAGAAGUCGACCUCUUCCUGCAGUGCUUUCCAAGAACUCGUGGAGGCGGAGAUGGAGAUGGUUUCGCCCAAGAGUAAGAGACAGAAGCUGUCUUUAGUAGAAGAAGGCGGUGCAAUCUCAGAUGGACAGCAGAAAGUGUCGCAUAUCACGGUGGAGAGGAACCGAAGAAAGCAGAUGAAUGAACACCUAACAGUUCUUCGUUCACUAAUGCCUUGCUUCUAUGUCAAAAGGGGUGAUCAAGCAUCAAUAAUAGGAGGAGUAGUUGAUUACAUCACCGAAUUACAACAAGUUCUUCAAUCACUUGAGGCAAAGAAGCAAAGAAAAGUUUACAGUGAUGUUCUGAGCCCUAGACUUUCACCACUCAGCCCCCGAAAACCCCCUCUAAGCCCUAGGCCGAUCUUGCCGAUUAGCCCAAAAACCCCACAACCGGUAACCCCUUAUAGAGCCUGCAGGUUGCGGCAACCUCAUCUCGUCCCUAUUAACGCAUCUUACUCACUUGACCCUUCACCUUCUACUUCUUCCUCAACUUCUGAUAAUAAUGUUAACAACGAGCUUGGUGCAAAUUCCAAGUCAUCUAUUGCUGAUGUUGAGGUGAAGUUUUCAGGCCCCAAUCUUCUUCUAAAGACUAUCUCACCUCGGUUGCCAUGCCAAGCAACGAAGAUAGUUUCGGUUCUUGAAGAUCUCUCUCUUGAAAUUCUCCAGGCUGGGAUUAACAUUGUUGAUGAAACCCUGGUGAAUUCCUUCACCAUCAAGAUUGGAAUUGAAUGUCAGCUAAGUGCAGAAGACCUCGUUCAAUACAUUCAACAAACAUUUUGCUCGCCAUUACAUCAUGCUAGUUAGGGAUCGAUCAUAUGCCUCCUUUUUCUCCUGUGCAUUUUUCAUGAUAGUAUUGUUGUUUUGAGAUCAUUCCCGAUAAAUUAUGAACUAUGCUUGUUGCAUUGGGCAUGAUGUUAAAGCAAAACACAAACCAGUAAUUAAUCAAGAAGAUAAAGGCAGUUCAAGUGAUUAAUUAUAUAUGUUACAAUCAUAAUUUCAAAAACUAACCUCCUAUUCAGCUACAGUAAUAAGAGGAAUGGGAGAGGUUCAGUCGAUUACUAGAGGUGUUUUUAUGAGUAUUUAACAUAUGUAAUCUUAGUUUAGGCAAGUGUUCAAUUGUAUAUCUGAGUUGAUUAUUUAGUUUAAGUCUAAUAUCUGUC